AUGAGUUCAGUCUCCUCAUAUGAUGGUAGCGAAAAAGAACUUUUUCACCAACGAACUUUAGAUGGCUUUAUUCCUCGUCAUUCCUAUUUACGAAAAACUGACUUUAUGGAUGUUUACGAUAAUACACGUUCUCGCGAUACGGAUACUUGGAGUGUAGCUGCCACAGUGGAUGAUCAAGAAUCAGUUAUUAGUACCAAUACUCAAAAAAGUCGUUUGGUUCAUGACGUAGAUGAUGACAACUUGACAGUGGAUGGUAUUACUCCUACUAUUACUGCAAAUAUUAUUUCUUUGGAUAUGAAUGGACAUUCCUUGGACAUUGAGAGCUUGGAUAUCGAUACAACUGCAAGUCAAUGUGAAGACGAUAAGUAUGAACGAUCUUUGACUUCUCGUUCAGUAGCAGCUGAAUAUGGUGACCGAACAACAGAUGGAUUUGGAAGUGAAGCUAGUUUACACGAUGACAAUAAUGACCAUGACGAUGAUCAUGAUGACAAUCAAAGCCACAACACAGUCGAUGAUGCCAUCAGAGCACCUACUGAACCUCAACCAAGUAUUGCAACUGUAGAUAAAACUUACACUCAUCUUUUGGAAGAAAACGAAAUGUUACAAGCUCAACUACGUCAUUUGGAAAUCACCACUAAACAACAACAGGAUAUCAUUAACACUAUGCAAUCACAUCAUCCUAUUCAUCAUCAUCAACCUUAUGACGACUUACUCCAUAACGAAGUGAAUUCAAGUAUUUUGUCGCAGCAACUCACAACAUGGGCGGAAUUAGUGACUGGAUUUGCUAAACAGUGGACGACAAGCGCAGAACAACAAAGCCGAGUGGAACAGGAUCUGUUUCAUCAUGUGAUGGAAUACUAUUUACACGCCUUACCUUUUGGAACUGAAAAUCAAGUCCUACUCAACACAGCUUACCAAGAUCAAUUAGCAAGAUUCCAUAAUACUCUUGGUGUUAACUUUGCCAAAUGGUAUCGACGUCAAACAGUACAAUCAUUAGCUCGAAACCCUGCAACUCAUGAUUAUCUCCAUGCUGUUCGUAUGCUUAUCACUCAACACAUCUGUCGUGUUUUAGGCGCCGACCCUGCUAUUCUAACGGAAUCCUCUGAAUGGCAAAAUCUAUUGGAUUAUUGUGCAAGACUCUCCCUGGAAUUACAUAGUGGUGAACAAGAUGUUUUGAUUCGAUGCAUCUCUUCUGGUACACCCUACGAUCAAAAUAUUAUGACGGCUGUAGAUGAUGGAAAUAUAUCUCCUCUCUUGGAUGAAACAAUUGAUGCAGGUACUCCUCCUUUGAUGGCCACUCAGACUCCAAAACAACGUAUCAAGUGCAUGGUAUGUCCCUUAUUUGUUGAUGAACAAGAAACUGUCCUCCUACCUGCUCGUGUUAUCUUGGAAUGA